UAGAGUAUCCACAGCCACAUCAUUUUUAUCAUCUAAAUGAGAUUUCAGGCUUCAUGUAGCUCGUGUUUUCUCAAACAAAAACAAUAGAGUAUUGUCGAACGUAAUUAAUAUUUGCUAGUUCUUUCCCAAAAAAAAAGGUUUCCUAUGGCUGAAAAAAGCAACACACCUUCAUCAAUGGCCACACAAAUUUGCAACCAAAUAGCCAUAAUUUUCACAAAGCCCACCACCACCCCUCCACCCUUAGACCUCUUAGUGGACCAAAUAAAGACCACCUCAGCCCAAAACGGCCGCAUCUUCGUCUAUGGAGUGGGCCGUGAAGGUCUAAUGCUUAAGGCCCUAUGCAUGCGGUUAGCCCAUUUGGGCCUCUCAGCCCACUGUGUGUUUGACAUGACUACUCCCCCUAUUGGGCCCACUGACCUCCUUAUUGCCUCUGGUGGGCCUGGAGGAUUCUCCACCGUUGAUGCAAUCUGUGGGGUAGCUAAAUCCAACGGUGCUCAAGUGUUGCUUCUUACAGCUCAGCCUGAGAGUGGAUCUUCUGUGAAGUAUGCCACUGUUGUGGCUCAUGUGCCUGCUCAAACAAUGGCUGAUGAUCAUCAAGGUGCACACGUGGAGGAAUCUAGGCCGUUGCUUCCUAUGGGAAGUCUUUAUGAAGGAGCUUUGUUUGUGUUGUUUGAAAUGGUUGUGUUUAGGCUUGGUUUUGAGUUAGGACAGACCCCUGAAGCUGUUAGGGCAAGGCACACUAAUUUAGAAUGAAAUUUGUUUUCAUUUUUUACCUAGUAUGAAAAGUUUGUGAUAGAAUGUUAUGUACUCUUACUUGUUCUUGAAAUUUGAAAAGAGUUUGUUUAGAUUUUACAGGUGAUAGUGGAUCGAACUUUGUUGAAAAAGAUGCUCAAAUUCGUAUUAACAUAUGGAUUGGGCUAGUAAAUCGAGUGUAAUUCCAAAUAGCCUAUAAAAGUAUAAAUGCUAUUUACAAAUUUCUUGCCUUAA